UAAAAUUGGAGACAAUCCAGUUGACCUUUCUUUCAGGCAAGGCAAGGCUUGGAACCCACGUCUCUGCAACAGCGCAACCCCAUUGAUGCCCUCUCUGCACCUUCGUUGAUUCAUUAUCACACAACACUCACUCUUCAAAUUCACGUCAAAUUCAAAUUAAAUUUCGAAGCUUGCUUUUUUUCUUUUGGUGUCGUGAAAAAUCGAAACGAUGUCGUUCGACGAAGAAGAUGAGGCGUUUGAGCACACUCUCCUGGUCGUCCGCGAGGUAUCCGUGUACAAAAUCCCUCCCCGGAGCACCUCCGGCGGGUACAAGUGCGGCGAGUGGCUUCAGUCCGACAAGAUCUGGACGGGUCGGCUCCGAGUGGUGUCGUGCAAGGACCGUUGUGAGAUCCGACUCGAGGAUCCGAACUCGGGCGAGUUGUUCGCCGCCUGCUUCGUUAAUCCUGGCCAGCGUGAGACCUCAGUCGAGACCGUGCUCGACUCGUCUCGCUACUUCGUGCUCAAGAUCGAGGACGGUAAUGGAAAGCACGCUUUUAUUGGGUUGGGUUUUUCUGAGCGAAACGAAGCGUUUGAUUUCAAUGUGGCUUUAUCGGAUCACGAGAAGUACGUUAAGAGAGAGCACGAGAAGGAAUCCACCGCCGCCGGUGAGGUCAGCGACGAUGCCCAUAUCGAUAUCCACCCUGCUGUUAAUCACAGAUUGAAGGAAGGUGAAACUAUACGGAUAAAUGUGAAGCCUAAACCGACGAGUGGAACUGGGAUGCUAUCAGCGGCUGGGCUUGCGGGUCCAGGAAAGCCGAAAGCAGUGGGCCUUGCUCCGCCGCCGGGGACAGGAAAAAUCAGGUCUCCUUUGCCACCUCCUCCUAAUGAUCCUGUUAUUGCUCGGUUGACCUCCCCUGGUACUGCUACUACUCAGGGUGUUGGUUUUAAUGUCACCAAGGAAAACACCAGGAGGGAUAGUGAUUCCUUAUCAGAUCUUUCCCCACUUGAGAGGAAUCUUCCUUCUGCUACAGGCUCGGGAUCAGCGAAGACCACCGCAGCUGGAUGGGCAGCUUUCUGAUUGUGGAAGCAAUUUGUUCAUUGUGGUUGAGUUCAUGUCUGAUGUUCUUUUUUUUUAUAAUUUUUCCUUUUUUUUUUUCAAAAGAAAAAGAAAUGAAGGAAUAUAUGAGAAAAGUGAGAAGGCGCUAAGUACUGAAUACUUAUUAUCUGGAAAAUAAUUUGUUUUCUGCAAUAUAUUUAUAUGCUUCUCUGAUCCUAACAGCUUCUCAUUGUGAACUUUCUUGGGCUGUUGAUCUUCCUAACUUGUUUGGAUAUCUAUUAUGUUAUGUGUUAUGCUUCUUAUUUUUUUUA